AUGCCGUCGCCGUUAGCCCAGUCUUCCGAGAGCGGCCGGCCUUCGGUCGAAGACACCCAGCCCGCCGGAAAGAGUGGCAGGAAGAAGACGGUCUCGCCAAUCCGGACACCUAAAGACGACGCCCAAAAUGGCCACCGUCAAGGCGACGACGAUAACAACGAGCACUCUCCCCUCCUUUCCCCCGGUCACGAAGGGGAUGCCUUCAUUGGCCGUGACUCCGGCCUGGAUCAUCAGGAAGACGAGUUCCAAAAGACCAAGAGCGUUUGGUACCUGAUCCUGCUGACCAUCAGCAUCGGCGGGCUCCAGGUUGCGUGGUCUGUCGAGCUAUCCAAUGGAUCCCCCUACCUGCUGUCCCUCGGGCUGAGCAAGUCGCUUAUGGCUCUCGUCUGGAUUGCCGGUCCCUUGUCGGGCACCCUCGUUCAACCCUAUAUCGGUAUGCUCAGCGAUAAUUGUCGCAUUUCAUGGGGCAAGAGAAAGCCCUUCAUGAUCGCGGGUACCUUGGGGACAGUUGCUUCGUUCAUGGCUCUGGCCUGGACCAAGGAGAUCGUGGGCGGCUUUCUUGGACUCUUUGGUGCAGACCCGGCUUCGGAGGGAGUCAAGGUCUCGAUCAUUGUUGUUGCCGUCAUCUGGGUCUACGUCCUCGACUUUGCCAUCAACACUGUUCAGGCAGCUAUUCGUGCCUUCAUCCUUGACUGUGCUCCACCUCACCAACAAGAGGCUGCAAACUCGAUGGCUAGUCGCAUGACGGGCGUCGGCAACAUCAUUGGCUACGUUGCUGGUUACAUCAACCUGCCAGAGAUCGUUGGCUUUCUAGGAGACACUCAGUUCAAAGACCUCUGCGCCAUCGCCAGCGUUGGUCUCAUCAUCACAAUCAUCAUCAGCAUUGUCUUCAUCCGAGAGCGAGAUCCACGCGGUGAUGGCCCGCCGCCUCGUGACCAACCCGGCGUCUUGUCAUUCUUUCUCAAGAUCUUCAAGUCUAUCAAGCGUCUCCCGCCGCAGACGAAGAAGGUCUGCAUUGUCCAGUUCUGCGCCUGGGUUGGCUUCUUUCCCAUGCUCUUCUAUACCUCGUCGUACAUCGGCGAGAUCUAUGUGGAGCCCUUCUUGGAAGAGAACCCAAAUAUGACACCUGAAGAAUUGGACAAGCUGUACGAACAGGCAACUCGAGUCGGCACCUUCGCCCUCUUGAUCUUUUCGAUAACCAGUCUCGCCACCAAUCUCUUCCUGCCAUUCCUCAUCGCCCCCAGUUUCGACACACAGCCACUGCCCAUCACCGACGUAGCAGGAGAGGGUCCCGCCACCUCUAUCAAGGAUCUUGGGGAGCGCGGCAAGUCCUGGCUCGAUUAUCUUGUGAUUCCCGGUUUCACUCUGCGUCGUGCGUGGAUGUAUUCGCAGAUACUCUUCUUCUUCAGCAUGUCCCUCACUGUCUUUGUCCGGACUGUUGCUGCUGCCACCGUCCUGAUUGGGCUGGUGGGCAUCACUUGGGCCUUGACUCUCUGGGCGCCGUGGGCGAUCAUCAGUGCUGAAAUCAGCAAGCGCGAUGCCCUUCUUCGUGCGCAGAAGCGCGCAGCGUCUCCAAGCCGCCAUGAUGACGACUUGCCCACUAUCGACGGCUACUCUGACGAGGGCCAUGAUGUAACCGUGGUCGAGGAGGAAUCGGACAAGGCCGGCGUCAUCCUGGGUAUCCACAACAUGUCUAUCGCAGCGCCGCAGAUCAUCGCCACGGUCGGAUCGAGCAUCAUCUUCAAGAUCUUCCAGAAGCCGCGCGGCACCCCUGGCGACCACAGUAUUGCCAUUGUCCUCGCGCUCGGCGGCAUCACCGUUCUGCUCUCGGCCUGGUUCAUCCACCGCAUCGAAGACAACCCUCCCGUGUCGGGAGACCCGAUUGGGGACGCGGAGGAAGGCGAGGCUUCGAGGCCCGGCACCGCCCACAGCGGACACCAGUACGACGAGCCCCCGCGCCGCAGCAUGGAGCGCGCCCAACUCGUGCGAAACAGCAGCUUUGGAGGCGGGCUUGAAUACUAG